UCAAGAUGGACCAAGAAGCAGGAAGAUGCACCAAUGCUGAUAUACUUUCAAUUCCUAAUUUAUCUGUUCUGUCAUCUGGGGAGCAAUCACAUUUGAAUUGUCAUAGCGAUGCAAGGAAUGGCUCUUUGACUGAUCUUAAUGAAGCACAUUCAAGGAAUAAUAUCCGGAGCAAGCAAGUCCUACUGGGGGCUACCUUGUCAAAAGAGGAGCUGAAGAUUCGCAGUGAGCUAGAGAUGGAUAUAGAAAGAGACUUAGAGCAAGAAAUUAAAGAUGGGAUAUACCAUCACGCCCUCAGGUUGCACCGGCUUUACCAGCAGCGAAGGGAAAGGAAUGAAAGAGAAGUAUCCGCAUUAUUUGAGACACAAAGUCAACAAAUAAAAAACAAUAACAAAACACUUCUUGAGGUAAACAUAAGCAUAAAAAUGGAAGGAGGAACCAAAAUUGAAAUCAAAGAGAGCAAGAAAGAAGCUCCUGAGAAGGGUAGGCCAGGGACUUCAAGAUCAGAAAAUGUGCAAGCAGUACUAAUGGCUCCUAAGACCAAGAAGUUCGAUUGGGCGAAGACUCUUCGAUCCAAUGCAGGUCCUAUUGUUAUUAACAGACAAAAUAAUGCAAGCUUAAGUCUUGCUAGAACACCAAGCAAUGGCCACAGCCGCUACUCGAAUCUUAGCCUUGACACUGUUAGGAGAAACUGCACUAGUGCUUCUGCGCUGCUCAAGAUCAAAGCAGGCGGUGAGAACAAAAUACGUGAACAAGGAUGGAAAGUUUGACAUCGUUUUGGACUUUCUGAUAUGAAAAAUAACAACGAUACCGCGUGUGAUUUUGGGUCAUGAUAUUGCUGUCUUGGGAAUAAAUUUAUUCUUCGAUGAAUUGUUUUGCGAAUUAUUGUAAAAGGUUUGUUGAUUAUGAAAGGGAUUUAUUGUAUUGUUAUUUUGGGUGUUAA